CCAUAAUAAAACAAUUAAAUUAACACCCAUACGGCACUGAUAAUUGCUUUUGAAACAUUCCUCCUGUUUGCCAAUAGGGCGUGCACUAAUAUAAUCUAACGAAUUUACGUACAUGCUGCCCGGAACCCCUAAAAAAACACUAUCGCCGUGUUAAAUCGAUGUUCUUGAUGUCUGCCGCCGGUUUAUCCGAUUUUGUGACUGCAGCCCGGAAAUCAGAGGUCGCGGAGGCCAAGUCAGCGCAGGAGAACAGGACGCUCUGCUGCUGUGAGUACGUGGCGCAGGACAGCCAACAGCGAACGCACAUCCUAGCAUGCUGUUGUAACUGCGUGGACUUCGACUUAGUGUUUACAAGACUCGUCACCCGCCGAGCCAUCGAUCGAAGGAACAUAGACAGCAUGCUGAUCGCCUUCCAGGACCGACUGCGUUUGCCAUGGCGCGGCGGAGCCAAGCGAAUAUCGCCUGCAGCCGUGGCUCCGGCUUUUAUUGUGCCGCUCAUGCUAGGAUUGGCCACCCUGAACUCCAAGACAGCCGUGGUGCUAAUGCUCACUCUGGUGGGCUUCACCGUCUGGGGCGUGGAGCUGGCCAAGAGGACGGCCACGCGGACAAAUUUCUUUCUCAGCUGGCUGGUCUUCUCGGUGCUCUAUAUGGUCAUCAUAUUUGAGUUCCAGGUGCCACUGCUGGAGCUGGCUCCCGAGGAGAACUAUGCCCUGAUGUUCUUCUCCUGCGCCGCCCUGUACUGUCUCUAUUCCACCAAGGUUCUGGCCCCGUUGAAUCUUGUUUCGACCCAAUACGGAACCACGCCUAAGGAUGAGCUGCCGGGCAUCGCGGAGGCUUCUAGUGGCGAGGAGCAGGCGGAGGCUCAGAUCACGCUCCAGAUGGACAGUGUACUGAGUCUGGAAGACGACGAUGACGAGGUGGUGGACAUGGGCAUGGACACUGCCGAGCGGUCGGGCUUGAUGCACGGGCAGCCCAACAUCUGCGAGAUCUGUCGAAAGGUGACUCCAAGGCGGGCCUACCACUGUCCCAUUUGCGGCACCUGCGUGAAAAGGCGGGAUCACCACAGCUACUGGCUUAACUGCUGCAUCGGGGAGCGGAACUACGUGUGGUACAUCGUGGGGCUGGCUCUGUCGGAGAUUGCACUCCUCCUGGGCGCCAACCUGACGCUCACUUCGAUAUGCCAUCCCUUCAUGGUGGUGCGGCCACUGGGCUAUCCCGUGCUCUUGCCCGACGACUGCAGUGAGGUGUUCGAGGGUUUUGAGCUGGGGAUCUCCUUUGUGGUGGCUUGCUACGCCCUGCUCAUCUCCGCUUACAUCGCCUUUAUACUCACCCGACAGGCCUACUUGUGGUGGAAGGGCUCCACCCUGCACGAGUUCAAACGCGCCUCCAAUGCCGCAGUUCGCAACCGAAUCUGGAGCAAUUGGCGAGCCAUUCUGAAGUGAUCGCUCACAUACCAAAAAGUAGAAAGCACAAGCUUGUCGCCCAAAUACUAAAGUAUUUCACUAUAAACGCUGUUUUCUUGGUAGUCGUACUUAGUCCGUAGCGCUUUAAGGUCUUAAACGCCAUUUCAAAUUUAUUCAAAAUAAAUAUAAUUAAGA